CCUGGAAUCAGAAACACUUCCUGUUUCUAGACAGUCCUUUGAAAAACAAACCAAAAUUACAUGCGUUUUAAUGGCAAUGACACGAUAGCUAAAUCAUGUAUGUACUACAUUGUUCUAGGCAAUUUGUCUCUCAGAUACUUUCACAUAAUGUUCUUCGAGGGUAUACUGGUGUCGUUAGAGAUGCGUGUUUAAUUUCAAAAGCGCGACGCAGCACAACAUUUUUGUAUCGACGUUAUACAUGUCUUGUCUCUCAACAAUUGCAUCCACAUCUCUCUGCAUUUUACAACGGUAUUAGACGAUAUUACGCCGAUUUACAUAAUGAAGAGAAUGUUUUGAAGUCGGACAGCCCUGGCAAGCUUCUGGCACAACAAGAUGAAUAUGAGAUGCAGAGUGACUCAAGCCAAAGAAACCCACAGGAGGACUUUAACAUCAGCGUGUUGGUGUCCCUGCUGCGCCAGGAGAAUGCAGCAGACAUCUGUGUCAUCAAGGUGCCUGAGGACAUCAAGUACACAGACUACUUCAUCGUUGUCAGCGGAUCCUCCUCAAGACACCUCCGUGCCAUGGCCCUCUACGCCAUUAAAGUGUACAAAUAUAUGAAGAAAGAUGGGGACCCACAUGCCAACAUUGAGGGAAAGGAUGCAGAAGACUGGAUGUGCAUUGACUUUGGAAGGAUGGUGGUCCACUUCAUGCUACCAGAGACCAGAGAGGUGUAUGAACUGGAGAAGCUGUGGACACUACGUUCUCUUGAUGAACAGUUGAGCUCCAUCCCUGUUGAGACGCUCCCAGAGGACUUCAUAUACGGAGCCGAUGUCAAUGUCACCAAGUGACUCAACAAUUAAAGAACUGUUGAAACUGGAGUGUUAUUUAUUGAAAAGAAGAGACACUGAGUCUGCUUCCUAAAUGGCACCCUAUUCCCUUUUAUAGUGCACUACUUUUGACCGGAGUCCUAUGGGUCCUGGUCAAAAGUAGUGCACUAUGUAGAGAAAAGCAGUGUACCAUUUGGGGCUGAUUCCAAAUGUUUAAAACUGCCGUUACUGGUUGAAUUCAGCCUGUAAAUUGAAGUUGUCCUCUAAGUUUUGAUCUUUUUUACCAUUAUAAACCAGUCUGCUAUGUAGACUAGAUGACACAAGAAGUGUCUUACAAUCAUGGUUGUUAGUGUUUGCACUGGAAUGUAGCUUGGGGUUUAGGGUGUUUUUGUGUGUUUUGAGAUGUAUUGAUGCGAUGGGGAGGGGGAUUCAGUGACAAUGGUUGUUUGGGCAUUUCAUCAGAAGACUGAAUUUUAAUAAAGAAUUAAUUUCAUAAAA